AUGAGCGGCGAUGAGAAUAAUCCCCACAUUGGCAGCUCUUCACGCAAAUGUAGUGGUUCUGCACUUUAUAUGGGCCCACGUAAAAAAGCUACCUCAUCAAAUCCCCUCGUUCUCCAUGGUCGACACUUCGGUCGAACAGUAUUUGCACUAUGCAAUUAUCCCUCUCUCCUAACUGGAGGCAUUCUUCGGCUCGAAGAGUUACAAGACUCUUUGAUAGAAGAUUAUCCAGCUGAUGUUCGACGUGAACAUAGGGUGUUUAUGGAGCUUGUAGAUUCCUAUCCUGGUCUCUUAGAGCGUCUGACAGCUGGCGAGGAGGAGGACAUCAUUCAUGUCGGAGAAUUGAUGGGCAAAGGAGCGUCUGGUGCGCGAGGUGACGACACCAAGACGCUUAAAUCUGCCGUCAUCGAAUGGCUUAUGCCCCGAGGACAGCCACUCAUACCGCCCCUCUCCCGAAAUAUUAAAUCCGACCGUGGAUUCAAUCACGAAGUGACCGGUGCAUUGCUCUGCCCUGCAGACCUUGACUGGUCGAAUGCAGAAACCAAGCAGAGCCUCAAAAGUGGCGAAACGGCGGUCCGUGGCGACCAAUGGCCUAUGUUUUUGUAUGCUGGGUAUGUCUAUGAUCCUGAAGCUCCAUGGCAGGGUCUAUUGAGGAGCGACAUACUUGUCUUCGGUUUCAAACACGUAUUUACCUCUCCAAGUUCCGUGGAAAAGGAGCCAAAAGCCACGCGCUCCGGUAACGCAUACCUCCACGGGAUGAAAUCUGUAACGAAAGGAUCCCUAGCUUACAUUGCCACACAGGUUCGGUUUUCAUUAAGCUCUUCAUCAGUAUUUUCACGCACGGACACGGUCACGGACUCGGAAACCUUCUACCACAGUAUUCUUGAUCUUUUGGAGGAUCCUGACGAAUGUGAAGAAGUAGCCGACCUGAUGACUUGGUGGACACGUCGCAUUUUUCCUAAUUCCUCCUCUUCACAGCGAAGCACCAGCAAGAACAGCGUGCUAUCAAAAAUUCGCGAAAAACGCACUGCUCUUCGAGCAUGGGGCAAUACUAAUUAG